AUGAUUCGAUACAUUAUUAACAUAUUAAUAUACAGUAUUGUAAUAUACUCUUUUCUAAAUUAUAGCAAGAAAUCCUUUUCCAUAUAUCUCUCCACGAAAAAGAAAAAUGAUGGCACAGUAUUGCUAGGAAAUGCUAGAAUUUUGGCUAAUGUUGAUAAUGAAAGGUUGCUAUAUACUCCAAAUUACACUAAAAUAAGGAAUUAUAAUAAAAUAAAUAAUUAUACUAAAAUAAAGAAUUACAAUAAAAUAAUUGAUAAAAAUGGCUAUAAUGGUAAAAACACUGUGCAAAGAGUCACAAAAACAGUAAAUGGUGGUUAUAAUAAUAAACAUAUAAAAGAGAAGAUGACGAAAGAGGGGGUAGUAAAAUAUGUGCAUAUGCAACCCGAUUUAGUAAAGCCAAAUAUGAAGGAUGGCUUAGGAAUGAAAAUGCAUGAAUGCGAAGAUAAAAAGCAUGUGUUAAAAGAAUCUAAAACUACCACAGGUCAUAAACACAGUGCAUCGGAAAUAGAUCCCCUAAAAAAACAACCUCAAACUGCACUAAGUAAUAGACAUACAAAAGAUAAUAUGUCUGAGUCAUAUAAUGAUCAUACUUUAGCCAAAUUAAAUUCACAGAAUGCAUUAAGUGACAAAAAUAACAAUGAGUUAAAAAAUGAAUUAAUCAAAGAAAUUAGGUCAUAUCUUCUAAAAAAUAAAAACAAGUUUGAUAACUGUACGAAUUUGGAAGUAUUAGAUGCAUUAAAAGGGAUAUUAAACAAUAGUCAAUUUAAUAAAAUUCACCCCAAUGACAUGGAUACAAUCCUAUAUUAUGCAUUAUGUGAACGUCCUAGAGUUCAUAGAAAUAUUCCAUAUUGUCAUGAUGAGACUUUAAAAGACAGAAAUAAAUUAAAUCAAACUAAUAUAAGAAAAGAAACGAUGGUAGAACACAAUAAAGUAGGAAACAACACAAUGCAACUACAAACAAAUCGACGAAGAAAAAAUUUACAACAUAAAGUUUUGAUGGAUAAAAAUAACUUACAACAUAAAGUUUUGAUGGAUAAAAAUAACAUACAACAUAAAGUUUUGAUGGAUAAAAAUAACUUACAACAUAAAGUUUUGGUAGAUAAAAAUAACUUACAACAUAAAGUUUUGGUUGAUAAAAAUAACUUACAACAUAAAGUUUUGGUUGAUAAAAAUAACUUACCGAAUAAAAAUUUGGUAGAUAAAAAUCACUUAAUGAAUAAAAAUUUGGCAGAUAAAAAUAACUUACAACAUAAAGUUUUGGCAAAUAAAAAUCGCUUACCGAAUAAAAAUUUGGGGGAAAGAAAGAAUUCGCCACAAAAAUUCGUCGGAAAAAAGAGGAUCAAUGAUAAUAGAUCUACUACAAUAAGAUAUCGUUUUGAUAAUAAAAAAGAAUUGUCUUCACACUAUGAUUUGAUAAAAAAACAAAAUAUUAUAAAGAUAAAAAAUGAAUUGAAUAAAGUGGAUAAUCCUAUAGAAAAAUCUGCGGAAAAGGAAAAUAAAAUAUUAUAUGAAUAUAAGGAUCCCAUAAAUACAGGUAUUAAAAAUGACGAAUUAAAAGCAGUAAAUAAAGUAAGAGACUUAUAUGGCAAUACAAAAAAUGAUUCAUCAAAGAAAAAAGAAAGAGGGGUCGAACUAUAUAUGGAAAAUAAAAAGGAGGAGCAACAGCAACCAAAAAAAAAGGAAAAGGGCAUCGAACUAUAUAUGGAAGAUAAAAAGGAGGAGCAACAGCAACCAAAAAAAAAGGAAAAGGGCAUCGAACUAUAUAUGGAAGAUAAAAAGAAGGAGCAACAGCAACCAAAAAAAAAGGAAAGGAUUAUAGAAAUAUAUAUGGACAAUAAAAAGGAAGAUCAACAACAAUCAAAAAAAAAAGAAACUGUUAUAGAAAUAUAUAUGGACAAUAAAAAGGAAGAUCAACAACAAUCAAAAAAAAAAGAAACUAUUAUAGAAAUAUAUAUGGACAAUAAAAAGGAAGAGCAACAGCAUCCAAAAAAAAAGGAAAGGAUUAUAGAAAUAUAUAUGGAAGAUAAAAAAAAAGAGCUAGAGAAUAAAAUUGAGUCUAUAAAAAUCAGCGAUACAAAUAGAAAAUAUGAUUUAUCAAAUAAAGAUGAUUUUGAAAACCCAAAUAAUAUAAAACUGGGAAUGAACAUAUCAAAUAAUAUAGGCAAUGAUGAUGAUCUGCUAGAACGAAAAAAAAAAUCUUUAAUGCAAUUAAACGUUAAUGAUAAAAAAGAGAUAAUUAGACCACAUAGUGAAAAUGUAAAAGUUUUAGAUAUAUCCCCGAUAAAUAAGAAAAAGAAAAAUAAUAAUAAAAAGAAAAAUUUUGAUGAAAACGAUUUUAUAGAUUUAUUUGAUAAUGAUGAUGAAGAAAGUUUAUUAACUGAAGUACAAGAUAAUAACAAAAUAAAUGUAUCUCUUAUGGACGAAGUAUAUGACGAAACUGAACGGCUUUUACUUGAAAAAAUAAUAGGACAAAAACGUGUGAAAGGAAAAUAUUAUAAAACAAAAAAAUAUUUAAAAAUAUUUGGGUUAUAUAUAUUACCCAUAAUAGGAUCAGCUGUUUCGAUGUCAUUAAUGGGACUACAAAUAUCAAGUGUUAUGGGGGCUGACAUUUUCAGUGGAUCUCUUAUAGAAGCUGGAAAAACAUCAAUAGUUGAAGGAACUCAAUGUUUAGCAAAUGCUGCAACUGAUGUUAUGCAAGGAAUUACAAAUGACGUAUUGCCGAGUAUAAGUUUAAGUAAUUUUAGCUUCGAUAAUUUAUUUGAUUCUAUUAUAGACGCUAUUGGAAAUACUGCGAUGGUUGGUAUGAAGACUGCCAGUAGCACUUUAAGCUGUGUGUCUGAUAAUAUGGUAUCUAAAGCUAUUUCUGUUGGUACAACAUGUGGGAUUUCAAUUGCAUGUUCCCAAAUAUUUUACCCACUCGGAAUUGCAGUCAACAUUGCAUUUCUUAUAUAUACGAUCACAAAGAUAAUAGUGAAAUUGGAUGAUAUGGGUAAGUUUGACAAAUUACACAAAUAUCGAAAAAAGCUUAUAAAUAAAUUAAAAAGAAAAUUGAAUAUAAAGGAAAAGGGAAAAAUAACCAAUAUUUCAUAUCACACCAUCUCAUUAUAA